AUAUAUUCCGGGUAGAGAGGAAGUAUAAAAGCAGGAGGCAGUUAGUGGAUCUACAUCCUAUUCACUUCUCUCCGCUGUUCCAGUCGCCAUGGCGAAAAUCACUACGAGUGCAACAUACAUUUCGGCCGCCAUCAUUUUAGUGGCAGCGUCCAUUUCUACCCAGGAGUAUGGCCAACGAAUUGGCCGCCGCAACAGACAGAAUAUCGGAUUCGGUUCUGCACCAGACACGCAAAUCAAAUCUGAAAUUAACGUUCCCGUGACAUCGCGGACAGUGGCACUUAAUUCCGGCUAUUCUUACGUACCACCAACGAAUCCUUUAUUGGUGCCGUCCAGCAGCAAUCAAGAGGAUUAUCAAGUGAAUUUUUCUAUCGCCUUUCAACCGCCCGAAGUUGUUCAGCAGCAAAUCGAAGAAGAUCCAGCUCCGUUAGAAAUUCAAGAAAUUCAGCCCGGUCAAAGUUUUCCAGCAAUUCUUGCGGAUCAAAACUCUUUAGCUACUAUUCAACACCAACCAAUCGAUGAAGAGAUCGCAUUCUGGGAUUUUAGGGAAUCUAUUCCUGGCGAACCCGAAUUUGAUUACCCGAUUUUAGACAAAAUACCAAGGACUUCAUUUAAAUGCACAGGGCAAAAAGACGGCUAUUACGCUGACAUCGAGACUCGUUGCCAAGUUUUCCAUGUAUGUACAAACAUUCCGGAUGCCGAACCCAUUAAGGCUUCCUUCCUGUGCCCGAAUGGCACCAUUUUCAAUCAAGAAGUCUUCGUAUGCCAAUGGUGGCCUGAUGUGAAUUGCGCAUCUAGCCCGCAAUUCUUCGAGUUGAACCGGAAUAUCGGCGUAGUGCCGGAAUCAUCUCGCCCACGUUCUCAAAAGUCCGAUAGCUUCACAUAACGUUUGACGAAGGCGUAACAAUUCUGCUAUAUUCCGAACAAUCCGAACAACUGAAACGGUUUUUUAAAAUGCCUUGGCGCUUUAAAAGGAUGGCUAACAGAAUUUAAGUUCUGUUGUAACAAACUUCAUCGUUUGC